AUGAGUGGUAUAAGGAGUGUGGAGGUGGCAUCCUCGGGCUGUGAAGUGGCGGGCUUCACUGCCCAGGGCCCACAGGGCUGCAGGAGGGAUGCCCUCUUACUGACAGGAGCGAUUGGUGGGGCUCGGUGGAGCUUAGCAGCAGCGAGAGGUUGGGACACUGCAACCACAGUUCUGAAGUACGACCAGCCACAUGUGCAGGGCUGCUUGAGGGUGAUGCUGGCCUCGACAUGCGAGGAGCAGGUUCGCCCUCUAGCAGUUUCUGCACUAUGGUACGGCUCCGCGACACGGCUGCCACGGCUGGGCACAGACUUUCUGAUGAGCGAUAUGCGGGUCCAAAGGACGGAGCUGGCAACGGCACGUCCGGGGCAAGCCAAGGGCAUGGCGCCUCCCGAAGUCUUGCGUUGGUCAAACUGGUUGGUUGACAUUACCUACUUGCACAGCAAGGGCCUGCGACCGAGGCGCAACAGCCAAAUAUUGUGGCAUGCUCAUCGGCGACGUUUGCACUUUGGCGUUUUUGGCAACUCCGACGUUGUCAAAGGUUCAGGCAGAUUUCAUUUCAUGUUGCUCAAUGGCACCACGGUGGGAGGACGCAGUGGAAGAGGCCCUGCGGCCUGGCUGAUUCGUUGCAAGCAGGUGUGCGGCGUGUCUGGCAGGUGGCAGCUGAAGUUUCGCGCCCGCAGAGCUGAGAACAAAACAGUAUUUGUUUGCUUUCUCAAAGUCAAAAAGGCUGGCACUGGCUUUGAAGCGGCUUAUGUCUUCGUCAGCGAGCUCUAUGUGUUGUUGGCGGUGCAUGUCCAGGUGCCAUUGGCCAAACGACAGGUUGAAGCUGGCUUUGUGCUAUCCGUGGCUGUGGUUCGAAGCUCUGGUGCUGUGCCUUUCUUCCUCGGAGCAAAUGCGGAGGGAGAUUUGGCACUCAUAAACCGGAUGGCUGAUAGUGGAGAGGUGCGCUCCAUGAUUCUGCUUGCAGACCCGUUUGGACCAAUUGAGGACAUCAUGCAAAGUUUGGACGAAAGCUUCCCCAAGGUCCCCAAAGCUGGUGGCAUCACUGCUGCGCUGCAGGUGGGAACGCAGGGACGGUCCUCUUUCAUGCCUUCUAUGGCCAUUUGCUCUAAAGGCAAUAAAGCCCGGCUUCUGAGCCAGGGGGUCUGCGGGCUUCUCCUCACGCAGAUGGAUGUUCAUACAGUGGUGUGUCAGGGCUGCUUGGGGGUGGGACCCGCAGUUCGGAUAACCAAUGUUUCGGGCCCUGUGUGCGUGGGCAUUGGAGGAAGGCCGGCAAAGGAAGCGUUGAUGCUCAUCUUCGGUGCUGUAAGCAAGGAUCUUCAGGCCAAGAUGCAGACGAACUUGGUUGUGGGGCUGGGCCGCCAGGGCGAGAGCGAAACUUCAGUUGAUGAUGGAGAUUGGCUCAUCCGUGGCAUAUCACAGGUGAUCGAAGAUGGAAGCUUUGUCCUUGGUCCUGGCAUCUCCGAGGGCCAGCCGCUGCGCUUCCAUGUGCGAGACAAAGACUCCGCACAGAGCGACUUGAAGCUCAUGCUGAAGAGAUACCGAUUGGAGCGAGCAUUCAGCGGGAGCAAGGAACCUAUAGGUUCUCUGCUUUUCACCUGCAACGGAAGGGGCGAGGGCUUGUACGGAGAGCGGCAUGUUGAUGCACGGGCACUGCAAGAAGCUCUGGGAGAGGAACUGGGACAGCGCGUGAGUGGCUUUUUCUGCAACGGAGAGAUUGGCGCGCCAGGACUGGUGCUGCCGGCCUCGGAGUUGAGCGAACGCUCGGAGGUGCGGAAGACCGCUUUACACGGAUUUACUGCGGUCUUUGCGACUCGUGGCUGCAAGAUCAAAGUAUAUAUAUAUAUAUAUAUGCUACCCCCCCCCGUAGCGCCUAGGUUUUACUUAAAAAAGAGUGUGUUUUUCGUAGGAUUUACUAAAAAACGUGUUUUUUGA